UUCUGUCAAAAAUGGUCUUGAAAUAUAUUUCAUUUCAAAAAUAAAUAAUAUACUUUCUAUAAGUUUAAGGGUUAAAUCAAUUAAGGUUUAGAUUCAUUUAAAGCUGCCAUUUUAUUUUAGCUUACAGCACAUUACACAUUUAAUAAUGUGUUGAAUCCGAAUUUCAUGAGACUUAGCCAAGCUUAAAAGAGUGCAGACUGCAGUUGUUGCAUAUUUUCUUUAAAUACAAGAUUUAUUAACCUAUGUGAGUAUUGUUUCCUUAAUAUGCCUGUUUCUACGAGGACAUUAGUGAAAAUCGCUGGUUGGGGUGGCCUAGUACUUAGUGUAACGGGGUUUUAUCUCGAUGGUAAACUUGUAGAUAGGUUUAGAAAUUAUGACUAUUAUAAGGAGGCUAUGAAGGAAAUAAGAAAUCACCGCGGCGCUGUACAUUACCUCGGAGAGCCGAUUAAAGAUGGAAUAUCUAGAGUAUCUCACAUAAAAUUUACUAAUAAUGAACCAAUAUCUGGUGAAUAUUGUAUACCAAUUCGUGGACCUAAAGGAAAAGUUUGUGAUAUCAAAAUAAUUUCAGUGUGCGCUAUGAACACACAAAACAUGAAUCCCAGAUUUAUUGGAACACCAAAAGAAAAGUAUUCAUUUUUCAACACAUUACUAUGCUUAGUUAAAUCUUUGCAAGGACAAAACAUAACUGUAGACCUUCGUAAUGACUCUUAUGUAUGUGGACUACUGCUUACAGUGGAUGGAUAUAUGAAUUUGUCAUUCACAACUGCUGUAUAUUGUGAUCCACAAGGAAGCGAAUUUUUCUUUGAGAAUAUUUUUGUUCACUCUCGGAAUAUUAGAUAUGUUCAUAUACCAGAAAACGUAUCAAUAAUAAAUAAUAUUAAGAAUGAAGUAUCAAAAGAAAUUAGGAACAAACCCAAGGGGCCACCAACAGAUAAGUCGAGAAAAGCUAAGAAGGCUUACAACCAGCACAUGCAGACGGUGGCAACAUUUUAUAAACGGUGAAUAAAACAAUCAAAUUGACAACUUA